UCUCUCCGUUAGACAGUGAAGAGGAAAUACAGAAGAGACAGAGACGAAGGAAAAAGAGGGAAAAUCUGGGGGUUUGAGCCCUAGAAUUCUGUGAUCUUCUCGAUCGCUCUUGAAUUUGUCUACCAAAUCGGCGGUUCUUCUCCGAUCUGAUGCUCUUGAUCGGAAUCUCUGCUGUCUGAUCGAAUUGGGAAGAUGAUGAUUUCGCUGCAGAACGAUGCUCGCAACCACCUCCAGUUGUCGCAGCAGCUGGUGGGUGGGAUGUCUAGGGUUUCCUUGAAUUCGGAUCACCGCGAUGAAGCCCCAUCCGCGUAUGUUGUGAAGCCGGAGGCUUCGCUGAGUCUCAAGCCUUUCAAGACCGAAGCUCAUGAAGUUGACGAAGACAUGCUGUUGGCACUAGCUCAUCAGUCAUAUAAGGCUGGCAACUAUAAACAGUCAUUGGAUCACUGCAAUGCUGUUUAUGAGAGAAAUUCCCUAAGGACUGAUAAUCUUCUCCUUAUGGGUGCAAUUUACUAUCAGUUGCACGAUUUUGACAUGUGUAUUGCAAGAAAUGAAGAAGCUCUUCAAAUUGAUCCUCGCUUUGCUGAGUGCUAUGGCAAUAUGGCAAAUGCAUGGAAGGAGAAGGGCAAUGUUGAUCUUGCAAUUCGCUACUAUUUGAUCGCUAUUGAGCUUCGGCCCAAUUUCUGUGAUGCAUGGUCGAACUUAGCUAGUGCAUACAUGCGAAAAGGAAGGCUCAAUGAGGCAGCUCAGUGUUGUCGACAAGCGCUUGCAAUAAAUCCUCUUUUGGUUGAUGCUCAUAGCAACCUUGGGAAUUUCAUGAAAGCACAAGGUUUGAUUCAAGAGGCAUACAGUUGCUACAUUGAGGCGUUACGUAUACAACCAAGUUUUGCUAUUGCAUGGUCAAAUCUUGCUGGUCUUUUCAUGGAGUCUGGUGAUCUUACCAGAGCCCUUCAAUAUUAUAAGGAAGCUGUAAAACUCAAGCCCACAUUUGCUGAUGCCUACCUAAACCUUGGAAAUGUUUAUAAGGCUUUGGGAAUGCCUCAAGAGGCUAUUGUGUGUUACCAACGUGCUCUUCAGACUCGACCAGAGUAUGCUAUGGCUUAUGCAGGUAAUAUGGCUGCAGGUAAUAUGGCUGGCACAUAUUACGAGCAAGGGCAGAUGGAUAUGGCAAUUGUCCAUUAUAAGCAAGCCAUUGAGUGUGAUUCAGGUUUCUUGGAGGCUUACAAUAAUUUGGGCAAUGCAUUGAAAGAUGUGGGGAGAAUAGAUGAAGCAAUCCAAUGCUAUCAUCAAUGCCUGUCUUUACAACCAAACCACCCACAGGCACUUACCAACCUUGGAAAUAUAUAUAUGGAAUGGAACAUGGUGGCAGCUGCUGCUACAUAUUAUAAAGCAACAUUGGCUGUAACAACAGGGUUGUCUGCUCCUUUCAGCAAUCUUGCAAUAAUAUAUAAACAACAGGGGAAUUAUGCGGAUGCCAUAUCCUGCUAUAAUGAAGUUCUCCGCAUUGAUCCUUUGGCAGCUGAUGGGCUUGUCAAUAGGGGCAACACUUUUAAGGAGAUUGGCAGAGUAAGUGAAGCGAUUCAGGACUAUAUACAUGCUAUCACCAUCCGGCCAACUAUGGCUGAAGCACAUGCGAAUUUGGCUUCAGCUUAUAAAGACAGUGGACAUGUUGAGGCUGCCGUGAAGAGCUAUAAACAGGCAUUGCUUCUACGCCCUGACUUUCCAGAAGCAACUUGUAAUCUUCUACACACAUUACAGUGUGUCUGCAGCUGGGAGGAUCGGGACAAAAUGUUCAUUGAAGUUGAGGGGAUUAUCAGGAGACAAAUUAAGAUGUCAGUUCUUCCUAGCGUACAACCUUUUCAUGCAAUAGCAUAUCCAAUUGAUCCAUUACUUGCUCUUGAUAUAAGUCGAAAAUAUGCAGCGCACUGCUCUUUAAUUGCAUCUCGAUAUGCUCUUCCUCCCUUCAACCAUCCAAAUCCUGUUCCUGUGAAGAGUGAAGGUGGAAGUGGGAGGCUAAGGAUUGGAUAUUUAAGCAGUGAUUUUGGUAAUCACCCCUUGUCACACCUCAUGGGUUCUGUAUUUGGCAUGCACAACAGAGAAAAUGUUGAGGUGUUCUGUUACGCCUUGAGUCCAAAUGAUUCAACUGAAUGGAGACAGCGUAUUCAGUCAGAAGCUGAGCACUUUAUAGAUGUUUCUGCCAUGUCAUCUGAUAUGAUUGCCAAACUGAUCAAUGAAGACAAGAUACAGAUCCUUAUAAACCUCAAUGGUUAUACCAAGGGGGCUAGAAAUGAAAUAUUUGCAAUGCAGCCUGCACCUAUUCAAGUUUCUUACAUGGGUUUCCCUGGGACCACGGGUGCAAGUUACAUAGAUUACUUGGUCACUGAUGAGUUUGUGUCACCUUUGUGCUAUGCACACAUUUAUUCGGAGAAGCUUGUUCAUCUUCCUCACUGUUAUUUUGUAAAUGACUACAAACAGAAAAACCGGGAUGUUUUAGAUCCAAAUUGUCAGCACAAGCGAUCGGAUUAUGGUCUGCCGGAAGACAAGUUUAUAUUUGCAUGCUUCAACCAAUUGUACAAGAUGGAUCCUGAAAUAUUUAAUACUUGGUGUAAUAUCCUGAAGCGUGUCCCAAACAGUGCUCUUUGGCUCCUCAGAUUCCCUGCUGCAGGCGAAAUGAGACUUAGAUCAUAUGCUGUUGCUCAGGGUCUGCAGCCAGAUCGAAUUAUUUUCACUGAUGUUGCCAUGAAACAUGAACACAUCAGGCGCAGUGCUUUAGCUGAUCUAUUCCUGGACACGCCUUUAUGCAAUGCGCACACCACUGGUACAGAUAUUCUGUGGGCUGGUUUACCAAUGGUGACUUUGCCUCUUGAGAAGAUGGCAACCAGGGUUGCUGGCUCACUUUGCCUUGCUACUGGACUGGGGGAGGAGAUGAUUGUCAGCAGUAUGAAGGAAUAUGAAGAGAGGGCUGUCUCUUUGGCCAUGAAUCGCCCGAAACUGCAGGCUCUGACAAAUAAACUCAAGGCAGUCCGGAUGAGUUGCCCUCUGUUCGACACUGCACGUUGGGUGAGGAAUCUAGAAAGGGCAUAUUUCAAAAUGUGGAAUGUCCAUUGCUCAGGUUCUCGGCCGCAGCACUUUAAAGUUGCUGAGAAUGAUGUAGACUUCCCUUGUGACUGAUAGGCAGGAGGGGGAGACGCGGGAUUGUAGAUAAAAAUCAACGAGAAAAAUACAGAGGUUACAUUAAGAUGCAGAGAUUAAUUAGGGAUUCAAUGGUGGCGUGUGUUUGUGAUGAGAACCAACCAUGGUGAUGGAUCUCUCUGGAUUUCUCUUCUGGAAAAAGGAGAAAAAAAAAAAAAUCUCUGAAUUUAACCAUUUAAAACAAUUGGAUGAAUCUCAGGUAAGGUGCACGAAUUGAUUGA